AUGGACACAGAAGUCAACUGGGCAGAAGCUAUUUUCACACAGAGCGUCCAGAAUAAAGGAGAAGAGUUUCUUACAGCAUUCCAGUACUUCAGACCUCUCACAUCUAACCUAUGCUCUCAGGUUGUCAAGAUGUACAAAGAAUCUAACUCAGACGAAGAGAUGAAUAAGCGUAUGAAGAGUUUCUUGAAGAAUAUCCCUAACUUGGUUGAGCGUUACCGAAUCGCUAAAGAACUUCAGUUCCAGGACCAACUUGAUAACAUGAAAGAGCAAAACCCUGUUGUUUGUGAAUGGUGUGAACGUGUUCUUAUUGAUGGUAAAUAA